AUGUUACUUCUCACCAGUGUGCUGCUGUUGGCGGCUGGAGCCAUCUUCCUGGCCACCAGGUGCGGUUGGCUUGGUUGUGGCAAGAGCACCGUUGAUUUGGAUGCCUACCGAAAGGAUGGCUGGUUCGGCAAAUCGGUUCCAGCUGGCAAGCCUGUGCCUAAAGACGACGAGAAGAUUCGACCUUUCAGGCUAAACAUUUCCGAUGCUGAUCUGCAGGAUUUAAAGACUCGCCUCUCGAAAGCCCGUUACGUGGAUCACAUUGCUGGCACUCACUUCAACUACGGUUUCAACUCUGACUACCUGAAGAAAGUGGUCGAGUACUGGCAAACAACGUACAACUGGCGCAAGGAGGAGGCGAAGAUCAACGCGUAUCCGCAGUUUCAGACGCAAAUUGAAGGCCUGGACAUUCACUUUGUGCAUGUGAAGCCAGCGGCAAAGGCAGCGAAAGUUAUUUUGCCGCUGUUGGCCGUUCACGGCUGGCCUGGCUCCUUCUGGGAGUACCACAAAGCACUACCGCUGCUCACCGAGCCUGACGAGAACGGCAUUGCCUUUGAGGUGAUAGUGCCCUCCAUUCCUGGCUAUGGCUACUCGGAGGCACCAAAACAAAAGGGCUUCGAUGCAAGUGCCGCCGCUCGGGUGUUUAACAAGCUGAUGAAGCGUCUUGGUCAUGAAAAGUUUAUUGUUCAUGGCGGCGACUGGGGCUACCUCGUGAGCAGAAUGCUCAGCGUCAUAUUCCCUGAAAACACCAUUGGCGUUCAUCUGGUGGGCAAUAUGAUGGGCAAACCUGCUUCUGCCUGUCAGGGAUUGAAAGCGUUCCUUGCGGCCACCGCUCCCAGUCUGCUCUUUGGUGCAGAGGACGCCCAGCGAGAGUACUCGAAGAUGUUUCCUCUAGGGAAGAAGCUCGGUUUUAUGCUCGAGGAGACUGGCUACUUUCACAUUCAGGCAACCAAGCCGGACACGGUGGCCGCCGGUCUGGUGGACAGUCCAGUCGGUCUGGCCGCCUACAUUCUCGAGAAGUUCUCCACGUGGACUAAUCCGCAGUACCGAAAUGAGGAAAAUGGUGCACUGACGAAGAAGUUC